CCAAUUAAAAUCUACCCGUUUUUGCAAUACAACAUUCUCCAGAACUGUAAGGGAAGCAUGACAACGAUGUGAUUUUGGAGGCCUGAAGGUUGAUGAUUGGUUGAGAGAGAUCCAUGACUCACAUACCAUAAUAAAGAGAUUCUGGAUAUCAGGACAGCGAUUACUCACCUCGUACUGGACAAAGAUUUUUUUCUUUUUUUCGAGUCGGACGUGAAGGAUUUACUUCAGAAACACGACAAGGCCCAAAUCCAUAUCAUUCGCAUGAAGAAGAGACAGAGAUUAGGGAUGUAGGUUGGGGUUCCUUGUAAGGAUCUGACGACAAAGUCGUGGCUGAACGACGACAUGGAUAACAUACAGCUGGCUGGGUUUUCGGUGCAUCGGCAAGAUAGAACAGCUGUCUCCGUGCACAGCCCCGCCUCCCAGCAGUCCCACAACUGGAGGCCGACCUAGUCAACAUGAACCUGCAUGGCGCCAGCGGAGGCCUCGACCGCUGCAGGGACAGUGACCGCCGGCGCACCAGCGACCGCUCCCGAGACUCCUCCCAUGAGAGGGGCGAGGGUCAGCUGACCCCUUGCAUCAGAAACAUCACCUCGCCCACCCGACAGCACAACAGUGAUCGUGAGCGGGGCGAGGGUGGUUCUUCCUCCAGGUCAUCAAGUCCUCGGCCGCCCAGGGCCUUGAUGUCGGUGGGGCCCAGUUGCAUCGCAGUGAGCAGCAGCAGAAGCAGCCUGUUCAGCAAAGAGGCCCACUGUAAGGGCCUGGGCCACGGACAUGUCCACAGCUCCUGUGACCUCAUCUACGUCUAUGAGAACACCAAGGAGGAGGCGCGCACUUUGCGAACGGCCGAGAAGGUCACUCUGAUCGUGGACAACACCCGCUUCGUGGUGGACCCGGCUAUCUUCACUGCUCAGCCCAACACCAUGCUGGGAAGAAUGUUUGGUUCCGGGAGGAAAUACAAUUUUACCAGGCCCAAUGACAAAGGGGAAUUUGAGGUGGCAGAUGGAAUCAGCUCAACUGUUUUCAGAGCCAUCCUGGAUUACUACAAAUCUGGGAUAAUCCGCUGUCCUGAUGGUAUCUCCAUUCCCGAGCUGAGAGAAGCAUGUGACUACCUCUGCAUCUCCUUCGACUACAGCACCAUCAAGUGUAGAGACCUCAGUGCACUCAUGCACGAGCUAUCCAACGAUGGGGCGAGGCGUCAGUUUGACUUUUACUUAGAGGAGAUGGUGCUUCCUCUGAUGGUGGCCAGCGCCCAGAAUGGAGAGAGGGAGUGUCACGUAGUGGUCCUGACAGACGACGACGUGGUGGACUGGGACGAGGAGUACCCUCCGCAGAUGGGAGAGGAGUAUUCUCAGAUUAUAUACAGCACAAAACUGUACAGAUUCUUCAAGUACAUAGAGAAUCGUGACGUUGCCAAAUCAGUAUUAAAAGAAAGAGGACUUAAGAAAAUCAGACUAGGAAUUGAAGGUUACCCCACCUACAAGGAGAAGGUGAAGAAGCGUCCCGGCAGCCGGCCAGAGGUCAUCUACAACUAUGUCCAGAGGCCCUUCAUCCGCAUGUCCUGGGAGAAGGAGGAGGGCAAGAGUCGCCAUGUUGACUUCCAGUGUGUGAAGAGCAAGUCCAUCACCAAUCUGGCAGCCGCCGCUGCAGACAUUCCCCAGGACCAGCUGGUCAACAUGCACCCUGGUCCUCAGGUGGACGAACUGGACAUCCAGCCUCAGCCAAGCAACCACUACGAGCCAGACCCAGACGCUCCCUCACCGGCUGUCUGAGACUGGGUCCCCGUCCCCCUCUUCCUCCUCCACAGAGCACUGUAGUGACAAGCAAGUUGGGCAGCAGAAACCACAUUGCCUUUACAAGCCUCAAAAGAUAACUGGUAUAUACUGUCAAUAGCCAAGGAAGGAGAAGCAAAGCACACAGUAAACGAUUGCCUCAUUGCACUGUCUGCACUGUUUUUUUUAAACUAACCAAAGGAGAUUUAUUUUUAUCAAGAAUAUUUGACGUAUUCUUUUCAUUUUGAAGGGGGGAAAAAAGCAGAUUGUAUCACAAUAAACUUGUCUGUGGGUC